AUGACUGCGGGACCGACAGCUGGCAGAGACGUUAAACUGGUCCCAAUCAUUCCAGAUGGAGGAUGGGGUUGGGUAGUAGUACUUGGAUCUUUUGCCGUACAUGUUAUAGCUGAUGGAUUUGUAUAUUCAUUCGGUGUACUCGUUGAUGUCCUUAUGAAGGAAUUCGAUUCGGACAACACUAUGGCUUCUUUCAUCAUAUCGCUGUUAACCGGUCUCACCUUAGGAUCUGGACCUUUAGCAUCUGCUAUUUGUAAUAAAUAUGGAUGCCGGACGACCACAAUCAUCGGCGCAGGCAUCGCUUUUGUAGGAUGUGCCGUAGCGUCAUUUGCCACAGCCAUGUGGCAUAUAGUUGCCUCUGUAGGAAUUGUAAUGGGUAUAGGCUUUGGUCUUAUGUACUGUCCAGCUAUCGUUAUAGUAACAAUGUACUUUGAAAAACGACGAUCUUUAGCAACUGGAAUCGCAGUCUCUGGUGCUGGAGUUGGCACAGUAUUAUUCUCACCGAUAAACGAUUUUAUUAUUAGUCAUUUUGGUUGGAGAGCGGUUUUCUACUCCUUUUUAGGAAUCCUUUCGAUCUGCGUCUUAGCCGGUGCGUCAUUCCGCCCUCUUCCAUUUAGAGAAGUUGAUGAUGAGGACGAGGUUGAGCGCAAACAAACCCCCAAGAAGCCCAAAGCAGGAAAAGCUGAAGAAAGCGCUUCAUUGCUCACAGAUGAAAAAAGCGCUAGCCCUCAUGAAAUUAUAAAACAAGCCAGAUCAUUGACAGAAAUCUCACCAGUCGAAGAUGGAGAUGUGAUGGCGCGUAAACGAUGUGAAACUGUAGGCGAAAGGGAAGUAGGAUAUUUGAACAAGAAAGAUGUCUUCUAUACCGGAUCAAUAACGAAUGUGGCCGAAUUCAAUGAAAAUCCGGACAAAUGCAGAUCGACCGGAUCUCUUCAUGUACGAAAUCUGAGCGCCACAUCUGUCGAUAAACUUCACGAAGUACGAGAUGUGAGUGAAGAAGUCUCCAAGAGCAGCACACCAGAUGCGGAAGGCGGCAAUAUGACCAUAGGCAGAAUGCUUUCCUUGUCGUUGCUUAUCGACCCUACUUUCCUAAUUUUUGCCAUCUCAAAUUUACUUACAUCCGUUGGAUUCAACUCUCCAUUGUACUUCCUGCCACUGCACGCCACAAGAGGGGUAGGACUCGAUGCGACAAGCGCUUCACGAGUUCUUUCUGUAUUUGGACUGUGUAACACAGCUGGUAGGGUUGUGUUCGGAGUCGUUGCUGACCACAAACUUCCUUUGCCUUAUGGACUCGGCAAUGAUACGGCCAGGAAUAGGUUGUGGAUCUAUAACAUAUCGCUUGCGAUAUGCGGCGUCCUAACAGCUUUCUGCUAUCUCUUCACCAGCUUCAUCUCCCUUUCGGUAUACGCUGGACUGUUUGGUUUCACAAUCUCGUCCUACAUUUGCCUCACAAGUGUCAUCCUAGUCGAUCUUCUUGGAUUGGACAAACUCACCAACGCCUUCGGACUGCUCCUUCUGUGGCAGGGAGUUGGUACUGUCUUCGGCCCUCCCAUUGCCGGAUAUCUGGCUGACAUGACCAACACAUACAUAUGGUCAUUCGUGUUCUGCGGAGUAAAUCUGUUGAUAUCUGGUCUGAUGUUGUUCGGCAUACCAUACUUCCAAAAAAAGGAAAAGAGGCGAGCUGAAAGACGCCAACAACCCAAGAAAAUUGAGCAACAAGAGUUGGUCAGAAAAGCCUAAUCUCACUUUUUACUAAUUUAUCUUCGCAAUAAGUGUACCUGAAUUCGACUAGAGCAUCCUGCUCGUUUUAACAAAUGUUAGCAGCCAGUCGCUUGUUGAUCUAAUUAUUUUUUAUUUUUUCCUUUGCCAAAUCAAAAUUAACACUUCACCACUCUAUGCCUUUUCAUCUUCUAGCUCUUGGUCGAUGUGUGCCAAAUUGUUGAUUUUGAUAGAGUUUGCCUUUCUGUAGUUUUCUUCAGUUCUUUCUCUGUGAUACACUCACUAGCAGCGCGGUUCUAAUCGCAUUUACAGUUACUGAGAGGAAGUGCUGCUCGACAUAUCUCUCGUCUGUGUUUUCUCUUUGUUAGGAACUGCUGUUGUCGGUCACUUCCUUUCACUGCACUUUACUUUUCGAGUAAUUCGUGGGUGUUGUUUGUUUUACUUGCUUCCUUCAGUCUACCAUGUUGAUACGAUGUGCUGUCUAUCGGACCUGUAUACAGUGUAUCAGUCGGGUGCUCGCCCAUGAAGGCUAAUUGUCUAUGUUAUAUAUUUCGUCCACGUUCGUACAAAUAAAGCUAUAAGCCCAUAUUUCACACAAA